UUUUGUUCCAAUGCACUUCUUUUUUUCAUAAUUAAUGACAUAUAUUAUUUUUACCAAUUUUGUUUCCCUUUCUCCAAGCAAUCCUUAAUAAACCCCAAUAGUAGUUAUCAUAAACCCUAAAUCCCCAAAAAUUCACAAAAAUCGUUCAGAUAAAAAGAUGGAUGCCAUAGCUGCAGCUGAAGAGAGAAUUAUUACAGAAAGAAUUAGGCAGAAAAUCAACGAAGUUAAUACAGCCGCACAAACACAACUCUCUGGUGUUCAAGAUCAUGUCCAUUUUACUCUUCAGCAAGCUUACUUCAAAUGUGCCUAUGAAUGCUUUGAUAGAAGGAAAAAACAAGAGGAUAUAGACAAUUGUGUUGAGUAUUGCAGUGUUCCUGUUCUUAAAGCUCAGAAUUUUAUUGAGAGUGAAAUGGCCGAUUUUCAGGAAAAGAUGAACAGGUCACUAAUGGUCUGCCAGGACAAGUUUGAGGCCGCUAAACUCCAGAAGAACAAAAGCGACGCCAUGAAGGAUAUGGAAUCAUGCGUAGACCAGUCAAUUCAAGAUAGCAUAAAGACAUUACCGCAUCUGGUUGGCAAAUUCAAGGUUUCCCUCGGCAUUACUGAGUAGAGAAAUUUAGCUCGCCAUGUACACUUCUCGUAUUUAGUUAGAUUUAGCUAAGUAGAUGCCAAAUCCAGAAAGCGAGUUGAUGGACAUCCAUUCAGUUUUGUGAACCAUAAAAUUUCAACCUCAUAUCUUGCUUCUGGAAAAUGUUAUAGUUGUACUGGUCAAAAAGCUCAUGUUCAAUUCAGAAAUGUCAAUUCUUUCUCCAGUUAUUUCCUUUAAGACUAAUGUUGAUUGACCUGGUAGCCAUUUUGUGGCUUGUAUUAUACUAUUGUAGUACAUUCUUUCUUUAUUUAAAAA